CGAUUUGUUUACUAGAAAGAGAGCAUGAGGAGUCCAACCCCACUCCGCUGUGGUUUCUUCUUCUUUCUGCUUGUCCCUUUCCUUUCUCCGGCGGACGGUUGUGGCGGUAGCGGCGACGGCGACUGCGGGCAGUGGAAGGUUCUGCGACCGAACAUCGGCGUGUCGGCCAUGCACAUGCAGCUCCUGCCCAACGACCGCGUCGUCAUCUUCGACCGCACCGACUCAGGCCCCUCCAACCUCUCCCUCCCCGGCUGCCGCUUCCUCGACGGCUCCAAUAGGAAGGCCCUCCGCCGCGACUGCACCGCCCACUCCGUCGAGUACGACGUCGCCGCCGACUUCUUUCGCCCGCUCACUGUCCUCACCAACACCUGGUGCUCUUCCGGCUCGCUCGCCCCCAACGGCGCCCUCCUCCAGACCGGCGGGUACAAUAGCGGCGAGCGCGCCGCCCGCUCCUUCCAUCCCUGCGACGACUAUACCUGCGACUGGGAGGAGCAUCCCAAGGUCCUCGCCGUCCGGAGGUGGUACGCCUCUAACCAAGUCCUCCCCGACGGCCGCUCCAUCGUCGUCGGUGGCCGCCGCCAGUUCAACUACGAGUUUUUCCCCAAGCAAAGCAAGUCCGACUCCGCCGCCGUUUACUUCCGGUUCCUAGUCGAGACCAAGGACGCCGUCGAGGACAACCUCUACCCUUUUGUGCAUCUUAACAUCGACGGAAACCUCUUUGUCUUCGCCAACAACCGCGCUGUUCUCCUCGACUACGUCAAGAACAGAGUAGUCCGGAAGUACCCUCCCAUUCCCGGCGGCGAGCCGAGGAACUACCCGAGCUCCGGUUCGUCGGUUCUGCUGCCGUUAGCGCCGACGCCGACGGAGGCGGAGGUCCUCGUGUGCGGCGGAGCGCCGCUGGGAGCGUACCACUACGCCAAGAUGAGGCGGAAAUUUCGCCGGGCGCUGGACACGUGUGGGCGCAUCAAGAUCACCGACGAGGCGGCGGAGUGGACCAUGGAGGCCAUGCCGGGGCCAAGGGUCAUGGGCGACAUGGUGCUGCUCCCCUCCGGCGAUGUUCUGCUAGUUAACGGCGCUGCGGCCGGCACGUCGGGGUGGGAGCUCGCUCGGAGUCCAGUGCUGACGCCCGCUGUGUACCGCCCCGCGUCGCCGGCCGGGGAGAGAUUCGAGGAGCAGAGAGCAGCGUCCACGGCGCGUCUCUACCACUCCUCCGCCGUGCUCCUCCGCGACGGCAGCGUGCUCGUCGGCGGGAGCAACCCGCACGUGAACUACAGCUUCUACGGCGUCGAGUUCCCCACCGAGCUCAGCUUGGACGUCUUCUCGCCAGGCUACUUGAGCGAUGGGAACGCGGAAUUUCGUCCUCGCAUCACUCCGCCGGCGUCGUCGCCCGUCCGGCUCAGCUACGGCGAGCGGUUCACGUUGGAGUACGAGGUGGCGACGCCGAUCGAAGAAGUAAAGGUGACGAUGAUGGCGCCAGCGUUCACGACGCACUCAUUCUCGAUGAACCAGAGGGCUCUCUUCCUGGAGACGGCGGACAAGGAGGGCGGCAACUGUGGCCGGCAGGUGGAAGCGGUGGCGCCGGCGUCGGGGGUGUUGGCGCCGCCGGGAUUUUACAUGGUGUUUGUUGUCAACGGACACGUGCCGAGCGAAGGAAUUUGGGCCCACAUUAAUUGAAGCUUUUCCGUCUUAAAUAGAAUUAAAUCAUUAAAUAGAAAUCAAUGAUUUUUCUAAUUUUAUUAAUUGUAGGACGAUAAUUUGACUUAAUAUCAUUUUGGAAAUA